GAAAUGUUCAAGUGAAGGAAAACGGCGUCAUUUUGCGCAUUCCCAAUUAAAACUCAAAAUAAAUAAGUAAAAUAAGAAUAAAGUGAAAAUAACUAGCAACGAUGGACGAAGGAAAGUUGCGAGCGAAAGCAGCAAUGCUCGCAGCCACCAGCAAGAAUUUUGAUAUUUUAGACAAAAAGUGGUCGCAAAUGUUUGAUGAGGAAUAUUGCCAAGAGUUGAUAUUGAAGUUAGAGGAGCGCGUGCGUAACUUUUAUAUGGACUUAUUGACAGAAUCAGACGAGAAGGAGAAGUACAUACUCGACAGGAUUGAUGCACUCAAACUAGAGGCAUCUGAGAUCACUCGUCUAAUGCACAGAAACGUAGACAUUGGAGAGAAGCCGGAGGAUAUGCCGCUAAUAGUGUGGGAGCAGAAGCUGGACAAGAGCAUUGAGCAUUUGCGAGAGGAACUACGAGCACGUCGCAACGAGAUCUGUGAACUGCUGUUGCAGCAGGAGGAACUGUGCGAGGAGCUGGGGGAACAGCCCCUGCCUUUGCUUGCAGAUCCGUUGCCAAAGCCGCAGGAAAUGUGCGCAUUUGAAGAACAUUUGGAACGGUUGAGGGCGGUGAAGACGCGUCGCAUAGAGGAACUGUUUAAGUUGCGCAGUGAGAUCAAAGCGGACAUGAAGGUGCUGCAGCUGUUGCCAAUGACUGCUGAAGAUGAGCGUCUGUUGAGUCAGGCGAAUCAAUGCCUGACUCCGAAGAUGCUAGAGAAGCUGCGCGUCAUGCGGGCCGAGAUGGCAGCCCAGGUGGUGGAGUUGCACGAGCGCAUCGAUGAUAUGCGUGAGAAGGUCGAGGUACUCUGGGAACGCCUGCAGGAGACGGACGAGGUGACGAUGCAGCGAGUGCGAGAGGCGACCAAGUAUUCGCAGAGAACGUAUGAUGUGCUCAGUGCAGAGCUGCAGCGCUGUCAGAAGCUGCGUCGCCAGAACCUGAAGACGUUCAUUGAGCAGCUGCGCUUGGAGAUCAGCAAAUGGUGGGACUUGACUCUCAAAUCGGAGCAGGAGAGGAAGCGCUUUUCGAACUACUACAACGAUUGGUACAAUGAGGAUCUUUUGGAGUUGCACGAGUUGGAGCUGGAUGAUCUGAAGAGCUUCUACAAUGAUAACAAGGAGAUAUUUGAGUUGUUCGCGAGUCGCGCAGAGAUUUGGACACGCAUGGUGGCCUUGGAGGCCAAGGCGAAUGAGCCGAAUCGGUUCAACAAUCGUGGUGGUCAGCUGCUGAAGGAGGAGCGCGAGCGGAAGGCAAUUAGCAGCAAGCUGCCAAAGAUUGAGCAGCAGAUUAGCGAGCUGGUGCAAGCGUACGAGUUGCGAACUCGCUCUCCAUUCCUCGUCCAUGGCGAGAACAUACUGGAGCACAUGGCCAACGAGUGGGUGCAUCUGCGCCAGGCUAAAGAGCAGCAGAGCUCGGCCCGCAAGCAACAGGUGACCAGCACUAAGAUGUUACCUCCUGUUCCUCCUCGCACUCCCCUCGGCCACAAGAACAUGUCCGCCUUGUCGGCAUCCACGCAAUCGUUGCGUAAUACUCCGUCCAAUUGGAAGCUGGCUUCCAUAUCGAAUUCGGCCGCAAAGACCACUGGCAAUUUACACAAGCGCAAGCUGCCCAAUGGAGAUGCCAACAGCAAGCAGGAGACGCCGCAUGCUAAGCGCAACCUACUGAAGGCAUUGACCCCGAUGAAGAAAGCAGCUGUGCAUCACAUAUCGAAUCAGCAUCUGCUGACGCCGUCAUCACGUCAACAGCAACAGCUGCAAACGACACAAAAAGCUGGCAAAUCGCCGUUGAAGAAGGUGCGGGUGUUGAAGGAUACGAUGCGACGCAGCUCGGGGAUGGGCAGAAGGAGUGUGGGGCAUGCCACAAAGAAGACGCGCAACAAGGCGACGAUACCUGAGAUUAGGAUAAGGCCAGCAUCGGGGGAUGAGAACGAUGGCUUCGAGACGGAUGAGAAUGACACGUACGAUUCGUUUGAAAAGUCCAUUGAGCCGGCGGCACGUUCUUCCAUGAUGCCACAGAAGAUGAUUACUUCGACGUUUUUGAAACGUUGAAUGCUGUGAGAGCUGUUGCGCGUAUAGAGAUGCUUUUAUUUUUUACUGAAAUUACUUAAUUGUGUGCUUUAUUAAGAGUAUUAUUUUGCUGUUGUGUAACUUAAAUGAAUACAAAUACAUGGCAC